AAAUAUUCCUUCUGUUGCAGGGAAGGAAACCAUCCUGACGAUUACAGCAGAUUAACCUACAAGAAAUUAUUGGAAGAAGUAUGUAGAUUCGCAAAUGUACUUAAAAGUAAAGGAAUUCAAAAAGGAGAUAGAGUAGCUGUGUAUAUGCCCAUGAUAUUAGAAGCAGUAGUUACUAUGUUAGCUUGUACUAGGAUAGGCGCUGUACAUUCUUUAGUGUUUGCCGGAUUUUCGGCCGACUCUUUUGCCGAAAGAAUACUAGACUGCGAAGCCAAAGUUUUGGUUACAUCAGAUGGAGCAUGGAGAGGUGAGAAACUUCUUCAGCUUAAAGCCAUCUGCGAUCAAGCUAUGGCUAAAUGUGCACAAAAAGGACACAACGUUGAAACUUGUAUAGUAGUAUCACAUUUAGGAAGAGUUACGUCACCAACAGGCGUGCAGUAUAGUAGCAAUAAGACACCUAUGACACCAGGGCGAGAUAUCUUCUGGCACGACAUUGUACCCCAAGCCUCUACUAGUUGUUAUCCGGAGUGGAUGGAGUCAGAGGAUCCUCUGUUUAUGUUGUACACAAGCGGCUCAACAGGAAAACCAAAAGGUGUACUCCAUACAACAGGCGGUUACAUGAUAUAUGCAGCUACAACAUUUAAAUACGUUUUCGAUUAUAAACCCAAUGAUAUCUAUUGGUGCACUGCUGAUAUUGGGUGGAUAACAGGCCACACUUACGUUGUUUAUGGUCCUUUAGCUAAUGCAGCUACGUCAGUAUUAUACGAGGGUACACCCUUUUACCCAGACAACGACAGAUUUUGGGUGGUAGUUGAUAAAUACAAAGUUACCCAAUUCUACACAGCUCCAACUGCAAUCAGAGCUUUAAUGAAAUUCGACGAUGAAUUAGUUACUAAACAUGAUCUCUCAUCUUUACGGGUAUUAGGAUCUGUAGGAGAGCCUAUAAAUCCUGAGGCAUGGCUAUGGUACUACAAACUAGUCGGAAGAGGAAGGUGUUCAAUAGUGGAUACAUUCUGGCAAACAGAGACCGGUGGACAUGUACUUACUCCAUUACCAGGAGCAAUUCCAAUGAAACCUGGAUCAGCUGCUGUGCCAUUUUUCGGCGUAGAGCCCGUCCUUCUCGAUGAAGCAGGGAAAGAGAUAAAGGGCGAAGGUGAAGGUUAUUUGGUGUUUUCACGUCCGUGGCCUAGUUUGAUGAGGACUCUCUUCAAUAACCACGAUCGAUAUGAGACUACCUAUUUCACGAAAUUCCCAGGAUAUUAUUGUACAGGAGACGGUGCCAGACGUGACGCAGAUGGUUAUUUAUGGGUAACUGGUCGGGUAGACGAUAUGUUAAAUGUUUCUGGUCAUCUCAUGUCUACUGCAGAGGUAGAAUCUAUUUUAACUGAACAUCCAUCAGUAGCAGAAGCAGCAGUAGUUGCAAGACCUCACCCUGUUAAAGGCGAAUGUUUGUACUGUUUUGUAACUCUUACAGAGCAUGGAGUAUUUAACGACAAACUGACUAAAGAUCUGAAGCAGAUAGUGAGGUCAAAGAUAGGUCCUUUUGCACAACCAGAUAUCAUUCAGAACGCACCUGCUUUACCAAAAACUAGAUCUGGAAAGAUUAUGAGAAGGAUCCUAAGAAAAAUCGCUGUAAACGACAGAGACGUUGGUGAUAUUAGUACUUUAGCUGAUAGUUCUGUGGUGGAAGUCUUAUUCGCUUCAAGACCUCAAGAAGCUUAAUUUUAGAUUAAACGUAGGUACCUACUUAGCAUAUAAUAAAUAAGUGUACAUAAUCUAGUCUCGUAUACAAGUUUGUUACCAUUCUGUCUUGGACUAUUCUCAUGUAAAUAAACAAACUAACUACCAGAGAUCGGCAAAACUGGGUUUUAACUGUAUUUGUUAACGUAAGUUUAUGCAUACUCAUUGUAAACUAGUUUUGUCUUGUAUUAACGAGGAAAAUUGAAAAAAGCGACCUAUAAUAAAAUUUACUGGAUUUGUUAUAAUAAAAAUUGUUGAAAUUCUCUUAGUUCGAUGUGAACUGAAAUUCUGAAUUAAAAUGAACCAAGAAAAAUGGAAGUGUUGUAAGGGAAUGUUCUAAGAUGUUUCUACAGGAAACAUUCGUUAGAAUAAAUUAAGAAGCAAAUUAAAACGUACCAAACGUUCUUUAAGCAGAAUUAAAACUUUAUAUAGGUACAGGACGGGAAUUUCAAAAUAAAACUUGUAGGAUUUUUGAAUCGCCACACUUCGUCAAAUGAGACAGGUGACUUGAGAUAACUAGAAUGCUUGUCAUAGUCUGUAAAAAGAGGGAGAAUAAAGAGUACACUUCGACUGAUUGAUAAAUAUGGAUAAACAUGGAUACUUUUAACAGUAAUAAUUUUUAUUUACCUAUACAGCUCUAAACGUUGAGAUAUAACAUAAGUGGAACUAAUCGAUCAUCAAUCUAACCAAGUCGUCGUGAUCUGUUAGUCAUCUGAAAAGAUUCUUUAAGAUUAAAAUUGUCUGCAAUAUUUCGAAUUCUGGUGCUCCAUUUUUACAAGUAAGAACUAACCAGUUACUACCGUUGUGGCAUGGUACUAAAAUAUAUUAUGAAAAAUAGGAUACAAACAGUAAAACAUGUAUUGAAAGCGCAACAAUGCGUAGACAAGCUGGUUGACCACUUUUCGGGUUUGCUUUUCCAUAAGAUUCCGAGAUUUGGUUCGUUAUGGAAAUAUAUAAUAAUUAAAAGAGAGCCAAAAUAUAUCUAUUACCUAUUAAAUUUUGCGUUCGUCGAGGCUUGAAAAUUUUUGGUUUAAUAGAAUAUCUUAACGCCACCUGUUAUACAUAAUUAAUAUAAAAAUUAUUAAUAUUGAAAAUCUAAGAUGGAAGUAGCACUACAUUUUAAGAAAAACAUUGAAUACACUUUGCUAUGAUAUUGCGCAAUCUCAUUAUCGUCGUACUGUAUUAUAGAUAUUAGUUCCCUUAUUACGAAUAUGUAGAAAGUAGUGUUAGUUUUAAGUUAUAUGAGAAUAUAAAUAUAUUUUGUUUUGCAUUGCGUUAUUGUUACUUAAUAAAAUUAUAUGGCCGAAAUUGGCUAAGAGUAUUGGCUUGUGAAACAAAAUAUCGUCCAUUUUUGAAAAUAAUUAGAAUACAUUAAUAAACUUAAUACUUACUGAUGAUCUUAUAAUUAAUAAUUAUUGUAAUGAACCCAUUUGGCAGAAAAAUGUAUAGAAAUAAAAUUUUAAAAUACGAUUAGUAAUAUAACUUAAAAAGUAUUUUAAGAAUGCGGCUUGAUCUUUUUAACUAUAUUACACAAUUAAGCACAAACUAAUACACCCAAAAAUGAUAAAAUACACAUCAAAUUUUAUUUAUUCUUUUCUGUUAAGACAUAUUUUCUAGCUAAUAAGCUAUUUUUCACAAAUAAUUGUUUAAAUAAAUAUAAAUGAAACAAUCCUGGUGUCAAAAGAUUUGAUGCAGAGGUAACGUUAUAUUAAACUUGACACUAGAUUUUAUUUAUGGUUUUUGACAAAAUAAAAAUUGUAUUUUAAAUAUUUUAAGUAAAAUUUAACGUGUGAACGCAGUAAUCUUUGCGCUAACAAAAAAAAAACCUUAUUGUAUAGAUACUGACACUAAACAAAUGUCGGUAAAAUUGUAGAUGGUUUUAUAAUUUUUUACUGAACUUUCGUUGAUUUAUAUAUUUUUUGUUAUAAAUACUUUCUUGUACUGAGUAGGCUCUGUACUGUUGUUUGUAUAUUGAACUCAAUAUACAAACAAAAUUUGCCUAUUUUAAAUGUUGGUAAUGCAGAACAAAAUAAUAUCGUCAAAUCCUUUAAAAGUAAGGGCGUCUUACUUGAAUGUAAGGGACGAUUUGAUGAUAUUAUAAUCCAGGAACCGAAGCUUUUCACCUCACAAUUUUUACAGAAUGGAUCGAUUUGCUUGAAAAUUUGAGAAUAAGUAGUGGAUAGUCCAAGGAUAAAAAACUAUAUGAUGCCGAAAGGCGCUUUUUCCAUGGGGGUGGGUGCCACCCCAUCUCAGGGGUGAAAAUGUUUUAUUAUAUUUUGACCACAAAAGUUGAUUAAAAACAUUCACUCUAAGCAAAAAAUGUUCUAUACAUUUUUUUGAUAAAAUUAAUGGUUUUCGAUUUAUUCGCUAUCGAAAGUGUUUUACAUAUAAAAAAUCAAUGUUUUUUGAUAUACUCAUUGACGAUGCACUCAAUUUUUGCCGUAGAAAAAAAUUUUUUAGACCAGGUUCUUGGGAACUAAAUAACCUACAAUUUCAUAUUUAACCAUUUUUUCAUAUUUCUGAUGCUCAUCUUUCUGUUCUUAAGAAAAUGGCAUUUUUUACCAAACUACAAAAAUUCGUUAAGUAUUCGCUUUUAACUCCAGUCUUUUAAAAACUAAUCAUUCUAAGCCAGUCAAACUUGUAGUAUCUAUAAAUAAUACAUAAAUAAAGAAGAAUGAAUAAGGCCAAUGACUAAAAAUACCGCUAACUUACAUUAUUAUGCUUCCAAUGGGAUUUUCCCUAUUUUUUUUUCAAAAAAUUAUAUUGAUUUUUUAACCGUAACUUUUUAUUUUUUAUCUAAAGUUUAGUAAAAAAGAAUUUUGUAGGUUUUUAUAAGAUCUAUAAGCCGAUUAAUAUUAAAUCUUUUUAUAAUCCUGAGUCGCAAAAAGAGGUUACUUUGAAAGGGUUGGUAAAGGUGCUUUUUGGAUGUUAUUACAAGUUUUAAUUAUCAAUAGCUUACUUAAUUUUUGCCGAAGAAAAAUUUUUUGCAAACCAUGUUCUUGGGAAUUAAGUAAGCUAUAAUUUCAUAUUGAAACAUUUUCAUAUCUCUAAUGCUAAUCUUUCUAUUCUGAAGAAAAGGCCAUUUUCUUCCAAACUAAAAAAAAUCGUUAUUCGCUGUUAACUCCAUUAUUUUAAAAACUAAUCAUUCUAAGCCGGUCAAACUUUUAGAACCUAUUAAUAGUAGGUACAUAAAUAAAGGUUAGUACAUAAAUUUUAAUUAGGGUGGUGAUUAGGGGCUGCUUCCGAUCACUUUUUCGCUGAAAAAAAUAGGGACUGACAUUCUUUUCAUUAUAAGUCACUUAAUUUUUGUGCUAGAUACUUUUUUUACUUCUGGGGAUAGAUAUUUUUAAAUACUUUAAAUUAGUUUGAACACGUUACCCUCGAGAAAUGCAUAGUUCCCGUUCUUUUACAUAUAAUAUAUCAUAAACAUUAUAUAAAGAAAUUAAAAAAACAGUUUUGUUUAUUUUUUCAAAAGGUACAUUGUUGUUAAGUAAAGUUGUUUUGAUAAAACGAAAACUUUUGGAGAAAAAAUUGAUUUUUUCGAUAUAAAACUAACACUUUCGAUAGCGAAUAAAUCGAAAACUAUUCAUUUUAUCAAAAAAAAAAUAUAUAUAUAGAACGUUUUUUGAUUAGAAUGAAUGUUUUACCAACUUUUGCGGUCAAAAUAUAAUAAAAAAUUUGCACCCCCGAGCUUCAUUACUUGGACUAAUAAACCAUAUCCAAAGAACUCAAUUUUCAUUAUUUGUCACCAAAAAAUAAUGCCUAAUUUUUAAAGACGUAAAUGUUAUGAAUUGGCGUAAAACCCUUUAAAGAUAUAAUUGCUAUGUGCUAAUGAAAUUAGUUUUCUAGUAAAUUCGAAAUAUCAAAUCCCAGCGAUUCGCUGGCGUGAAAAUGUAGAUAUUUUUAAAUAUCUACUGGCCCCAGGUCGUCUCACCUUAAAAAAAUGAGUAUUUUGUAUUAAAACUUAAAAAUCAGGGAUAAUAAUACUCGGUUAAAGGGUAGCACUGGCCCUGUUACCUUCCUUGUAUACCGUAGGCCCAAGAGAUAACAGACUAACCUGCUAUAAAUCCAAGGCCGCGGUAGCGGUAUAAAAGGGAGUCUAUUAUUAUUAUGUUCUACUACUUUAUUUAUAUUUAGUGUGUUAGCUUUUAUUUAUCAUAUUUGCUUGUCGGAGUCAAAUAUGACUGGCCUUUUGGCUUUGCAAGUGCUAUUAACUUAGCAAAAAAAAUGUCGAAGUUAAAAUUUGCUUUCUCUUCUUCAAAGCUUUUCUAAAAAAUCUACAAAAUGUUCUACCAACAUUUCAAUAUUUUUUUAUUUGAUUUAUUGCGUAAUAUUCUGUAAUUUCAAUUUUUAAUUAAAUACAUUCAACAGUACAAAGUUUUGGUUGUUUAACGCAUUUAUUUUUUACUUUACAAAAUGUUUAACAUUUGGACAAGACUAAAUAUUUCAUUAGGUAUACAGUGUGGCACGCACUUGUGGAAUAAUAUAUUUGUGCCCUUGUUAUACAAAAUUAUUAAAUACGCUGAGACCCGUCGAUUUUUAUAUACAGACAUAUAGGUCUGGAUCCCGCGUAUGAAAAAAGUUGAUUAAUAGCAAGCUGAAAAUUUGUUAAUAGCUUAAGGGUAUCUAGUCGGACAUAUAUAGGAACACUGGAACAGGGGAAGUUUUAAUUGUGGAACAGGUUAAAGAUUUGGAACGGUCAGACCACGAAAACGUCACAUUAUGAAUUUUGUCUGACAGAACUUCCAAUUUAUUUGUUACCCUUUCAUUAAACUCUCAUGCAAAAAUCAAGCUGCUAUUUAUCACCAAAUGGGAAUUAUAAUGAGUGGAACACGUAGAAUAUGUCAAAUGACAGGAAUUAUGGCAGGUGAUAAAUAGCAGUCUGAUUUUUGCAUGAGAGUUCAAUGAGAGGGUAACAAAUCAAUUGGAAGUUCUGCCGGACAAAAUACAUCUGACAUUUUGGUGGUCAGACCGAUCCAAAUUUUUAACCUGUUCCACAAUUAAAACUUCCCCUGUUCCAGUGUUCUCAUAUAUCAAAGUUUGUCCGACUAGACACCCUCAAGCUAUUAACAAAUUUUCAGCUUGCUAUUAAUCAACUUCUUUUUCAUACGCGGGAUCCAGACCUAAUAUAAAUAUGCACGUUUUAACCAAAAAUUCAAAUGGUUAAACUUUAUUUUUAAUGGACUGGAACACUCUGUAAAUUCAAUUAACAACCUGAUCUCAACGAACUAGAUGUUCAUGGACUAUGCUAGGUUUGCCUGAAUCACCCUGCACAUUUUUUUAAUUCAUGUUCUAAAAGAGCACAUUUAUAUAUAAGAAUCGACGGGUCACAGCAUUUUUUUUUGUAUUUUUUUUUAAACAUGGACAGAAAUAAUUUUAUUCCAUAUGUGCAUUCCACCCUAUACAUUAAAUUAUUAAAUUAUUAAACAUGAACGCUGUAGAAUACAUUUCAUACAUAUAUAUGACGAAAACAUUAUUGUUUAUCUGCGAUAUUGAUAUUUAAUAUAUUUAUAUUUAUAUUAUUAUUAUAUUAUUAAAUGAUUUUAUAGUAGAUAUACAAAUAACACUAGUAAUAAUAUUACACUAAUAUAGUAUUAAUUUUAAUGAAAAUAGGGUGUAUGACUGUGGGUGAAUAUUUUUGUACAGAAAAGAAAAAGAAAGAAUUAUUUUUUUAAUAUUUACUUGAAGCUAAUUCGCUAAUGUGCUGUAGAAAACUUUGUUAGAUUGAAUUUGUUAAUUAUUAUAAUAUGAUUGAUUGUAAAUAUAAUUAGUCGUUUGUUAAUCUAAGCAUUCGUUUAUGUGAAAAAGCCUUCAUUAAACAUAUCAUUCCAUAACUAGAGCAUAAUAAAAAGUAUAUUGUUGA